GAGAGGCAGUGACAAAGAGGUGGUGAUGCAGCAGAGAGGCAGGGGCUAUAACCGUAGAUCAAGGACUUUUUCGAGAUCUCGCCUCGCAGUUGAGGGUUGUUAGAGCCCCUUACAUAACCGCAUUCACUGCUUUCUCUCGAUUACUGCAUUCUCAUCCUCAUUCCAUUUCUCAACAUCCAGCCAUGGCCGCUCAAGUAGGACAAGAGCGUGAGAUCCAGAAGAACUACUGGGCGGAGCACUCGGCGGACCUCACUGUUGAGGCGAUGAUGCUCGAUUCCAAAGCCGCUGACCUUGACAAGGAAGAGAGACCUGAAGUGCUUUCACUACUCCCACCAUUUGAUGGGAAAUCAGUUUUGGAACUAGGAGCAGGUAUUGGUCGUUUUACUGGUGAAUUAGCUCAGAAAGCUGGCCAGGUUAUCUCUUUGGACUUUAUUGAAAGUGUUAUAAAAAAGAAUGAAAGCAUAAAUGGGCACUACAAGAAUGUCAAGUUUAUGUGUGCUGAUGUGGCAUCUCCAGAGCUGAAUUUUUCAGCAGAAUCAGUGGACUUGAUAUUCUCUAAUUGGCUUCUGAUGUAUCUUUCUGAUAAAGAGGUUGAGGAACUGGUUGAAAGAAUGGUCAAAUGGUUAAAGGUUGGAGGCUUUAUUUUCUUCAGAGAGUCGUGUUUUCAUCAGUCUGGAGAUUCCAAGCGAAAAGUAAAUCCGACCCACUAUCGGGAACCCAGAUUUUAUACAAAGGUGUUUAAAGAAUGCCAAACACAUGAUUGUUCCGGGAAUCUCUAUGAACUAUCUCUUGUUGGCUGUAAAUGCAUUGGAGCUUAUGUGAGAAACAAAAAGAAUCAAAAUCAGAUUUGCUGGUUAUGGCAAAAAGUCAGCUCACAGGAUGAUAAGGGCUUCCAGAAGUUCUUGGAUAAUGUUCAGUAUAAAUGUAAUGGCAUAUUACGCUAUGAACGUGUCUUUGGAGAAGGCUUUGUAAGCACAGGAGGGAUUGAGACAACAAAAGAAUUUGUGGGAAAACUGGACCUUAAACCUGGCCAGAAGGUCCUAGAUGUGGGCUGUGGCAUUGGAGGAGGUGACUUCUAUAUGGCAGAGAACUUUGAUGUUGAGGUUGUUGGCAUUGACCUCUCCAUAAAUAUGGUUUCUUUUGCUCUUGAACGUGCGAUCGGACUCAAGUGCUCAGUUGAAUUCGAGGUAGCUGACUGCACCAAGAAAUCAUAUCCUGACAACACAUUUGAUGUGAUCUACAGCCGUGACACCAUUCUUCACAUUCAAGACAAACCUGCACUAUUUAAAUCCUUUUUCAAGUGGCUGAAGCCAGGAGGUAAAGUUCUGAUUAGUGAUUACUGCAAAAGAGCUGGACCUCCAUCAUCAGAAUUUUCAGAGUAUAUUAAACAAAGAGGGUAUGAUCUCCACGAUGUGGAAGCGUAUGGUGAGAUGCUUAGAGAUGCUGGUUUCAUUGAGGUCAUUGCAGAGGAUAGAACUGAUCAGUUCCUACAAGUUCUGCAGAGGGAGUUAAAUGCUGUUGAGACAAACAAGAAUGAAUUUGUUCAGGACUUCUCCGAAGACGACUACAAUGAAAUAGUUGAUGGUUGGAAGGCUAAGCUGAUGAGGAGUUCAUCUGGUGAGCAGAGAUGGGGCCUUUUCAUUGCAAAGAAGAAGUGAAUCCCAAUUCUCGUUUAUUCUCCUUUUCAGUGUCUGCUUAGCUACAAAUGGAUUGGAAACCAUGGCCUGUAGUUGUUGGUUUGAUAUCUAGUAAGAACUUCUGUUAUGUUUACCAUAAAAUAAAAAGGCAGUUGUAUUUGCCACAAACGGACGAGGGAGUUGGAGUUUGUAAAAAUUCGAAGGAUUCGAAUUUGAAAGUCCAACGUUGGAGAAAUUGUAUGAUGCACUUUUUAAGGGAUGCUAUUGAAUUCUAUAGUCUCACUUUCCUAAA